GCUCAGGCCCCCGAAUGAGGGCUAUGUUCAUGUCGUAGAAAGUCAGAAGGGGCGACCAGAAGUCCGUGAGGAGCAAACCGUCCCAUGGCUAAGGGAAGACAGCGUCCAAGUCUGCACGCCCUGAGUCUCCUCGCCCUAAAUCCAGCCCCACCGGGAGUCUCCCACUCCCAGCCUCCCUGCCCUUGGGCAAGUCCCCUGAAAUCCCCUGGGGCUGCUUGGCUCUUUCCAGCCCGGGUGGGGGCAGUAGGAAUGUGGCCCUUCCCCGGGGUUUCCUUGAGCGUCCAGGGAAAGCACGGCAUCUGGAGGGGCUCAGCCUGUCCCUUGGCGUCCCUGUGGCUCAGAGAAGGUCCCACAGGUGGGGCUGCUUCCCCAGGGCCCUGUAUGUCUCUGUCUCUGUGGCCUGGAGUGUGGAGGGCUGGCCAGGGUGGGUCCCCACCCCUGCGGCCGGGCGGUGAGUAAAGGGGUGACUUUUGUGUCCUGCCUGCGCCUCUCUUCAAACUGUGUCUCUCUGUCUCUCUGUCUCUCUUCCGUUUCUGCUGCUGGCUCCCAGGCUCCCGUCUCUGUCUCUGUCCCCUUUCUCUGUGUCGCUGUGUCGCUACCCGCACUGGUCUUGCUCAUCCUUCCCCUGCCCUCUCCCCCCUCCCGGGGUUUCCCCGUCCCUGGCCUCCUGCAGCCGGAAGGAAGGACUUACAGUCAGACUGCUGUGGGAAAGGCCACGGGGACGCCACUUCUCUCUUUCGAGGCCUCCUCUCCCACCCCCGUCCCCAGGGUCUCCAGAACCCCGCGCCCAGCCACGACAGGUGAAGGGACCAGGGCUCCUUGGCCACCCCCGCCCAGCUCUCCGCCGGCUCCGCAAACCGGCCAGGGAGUCAGACCCGGGCAAGGGGAAGUGGAGGCUUUGACCCGGCGGGGGCUGUGCUUCCCCCUCGGGUGGGACCCGCGUCCCCUGGCUCCCCGAGGAGCUCCCUGCCCCAGCUCCUGACAGCACAGCCCGUGGACUCAUGGUCUCAAGACUUCUGGUGCUCGCCCUCUGGGUGGGCGGCUUACCCUGCAGUGGGAGAGAAGCAGUGCCCCCCCAGCCCAGGGUGAGGUGCCGGGCCUCUAGGUACCCAGUCGCUGUGGAUUGCUCCUGGACCCUGCCGCCCGCUCCGCACUCCGCCGCGCCCACGUCCUUCAUUGCCACGUACAGGCUUGGAGUGGCUGCCCACGGGGAGAGCAGGCCCUGCCUCCAGCCGACCCCUGAGGCCGCCAGCUGCAUCAUCCCGGACGUCCAGAUGUUCUCCAUGGUGCCUUAUAUACUCAACAUCACGACGCUUCAGCCCUGGCCCAGCAGCAGCUUUGUGCCCUUCGUUCCAGAGCAUAUCAUUAAACCGGACCCUCCAGAAGGCGUCCGCCUGAGCCCCCUCCCCGGGCAGCGGCUGUGGGUGCAGUGGGAACCCCCCCGUUCCUGGCCCUUCCCGGAGAUCUUCGCACUCAAGUACAGAAUCCGGUAUAAGCAUCACAGAUCGCCCCGCUUCCGCCAGCUCCAUUCACAGCAGCUGAAAGGCGGAAACUCCCCAAAUGUCUGUCAACAGCAGAGUAGAAAAACACAUGUAUCCACCCACGCGCGGGCUCGUCACUCGGCGGGACCAGGGCGAGGCGUCAACAGGCGAUGCCCGGGGAUGGACCGAGCCCACAGUGCUCAGGGAGGGAACCAGACACAGAAGGCCAUACAGCAUGUGUUCAUUGAUUCCAUUUAUGGGAAACAUCCAGAACAGGCACAUCCUGGGACUGGAAGGGAGUUCUGGCUGCCAGGGGCUGGGGAGGAGGUGGAGAGAGACAGCAGAUGGUUGCGUGACUUCCUUUUGGGGUGAUGGAAUGUUCUGGAACUAGAAGGAGGUGAUGAUUGCACAACAUGACGAAUAUACUCAAUGCCCCAGAUUCUCCUUCUUCAUUGGUCAAUUUUAUGUCAUGUCAAUUUCACCUUGACUGAAAACAAAUACAUUGUUUACAUUUUCACAAGGGAAAAGAUACAUUCCGCAAGGGUAGUGCUGAGCACCUCCCAGUGAGCUGUGCAGAGGCCUACCCCAGAGCUGCGGGCUUGGAGGGCGUAGGCUUCUGCAGCCCGUCCCACGGGACUUUCUGGGCCGAUAGAAAUGUCCUACGGACUAAAAUUGGUCUUUGCUGAGCAAGGACAACGUGGCAGGCAGCCAAGGAGCUGGCUUUUAUGUUUAAGCAAGUGUGCCUUCAUUUGCUUUUAAAUAUUUUUGCAAUUUAUUUUUAUUUUUAUACAUAUAACGUUUUGUUUAUUUGAUGGUAUCUUUUAAAGAUUUUACUUUUAAGUAAUCCCGACGUGCAACAUGGGCCUCACACUCACAACCCCAAGAUCAAGAGUCACGUGCUCCCGGCAUCUGGCGGUCACUGUCGGGCAAGCAUCUGACUCUUGGUUUUGGCUCAGGUUGUGAUCUCAGGGCGGUGAGAUCGAGCCCCGCAUCAGGCUCCGUGCUCAGCAGAGUCAGCUUAAGAUUUUCUCUCCCUCUCCCUCUGCCCCUCCCCGCCUUCCUCUUCUGCACGUGCCCGCUCUCUCUCAAACAAACAACAACAAAAAGUCGCACAUUCUACCAGCUGAGCCAGCCGGGAUCCCCUAUUUUUUUUUUUUGCAAUCUUUUAAAUGGUGAGAAUGGGGGUGAUAUUUUUUAUUUUUUAAAUUUUAUUUAUUUAUUUGCUUUGAAAGAUCCCAUCUAUUUAUUUGACAGAGAGAGAUCACAAGUAGGCAGAGAGGCAGGCAGAGAGAGAGGAAGGGAAGCAGGCCCCCUGCUGAGCAGAGAGCCCGAUGUGGGGCUCAAUCCCAGGACCCUGAGAUCAUGACCUGAGCUGAAGGCAGAGGCCCAUCCCACUGAGCCACACAGGCACCCCGUGGGUGAUUUUUUUUUUAAAGAUUUUAUUUAUUUAUUUGACAGACCGAGAUCACAAGUAGGCAGAGAGGCAGGCAGAGAGAGAGAGAGAGGAGGAAGCAGGCUCCUCGAGGAACAGAGAGCCUGAUGUGGGGCUCGAUCCCAGGACCCUGGGAUCAUGACCUGAGCUGAAGGCAGAGGCUUUAACCCACUGAGCCACCCAGGCGCCCCGUGAUUUAAAAAAAAAAGAUUUAUUUUUUUAUUUUAGGGAGAGAGAUUGUGUGCUGGGGGAGGGGAAGAGGGAGAGGUCUCCAGCAGACCCCCCACCGAGCCCUGAACAGGGAGCCCUUGGUGUUAUAGACCUACCUAGCACCACCCUAAGAUCAUGACCUGCGCCCAAACCAAGAGUCAGACCCUUAAAUGACUGUAAAUAGUUUUUACAAUUUUUAGAUUGAGACAGAAUUCACAUGCCGUAAAAUUCAUAAAAAGUGUACAAGGCAGUGGCCUGGAGCGUCCUCGCAGAGUUAUGCAAUCGUUUAAUCUAAACGGACAGCGUAAACCACCACAUCCGGCUGCCGUGGGAUGACCCAGGGCAGAACGGGUCAGGGGACAGUCAGAUCUGGGGCCAGGAUGUUGGGGAGGCUCUGGGACAUCAGAAGAAACAGGAGUCAGGCGAGAGAGCCCAGCGUCAGUAGGGGGGAAGGUGCGAGGCAGGGGUGGGGUGAACCGCUCGCUGUGGGGUGGCCAAUUUGAAGCCUUCCCGCCGCCUCUGGUCUGCACCUGGCCCCAGGACGCUUUAGGGCAGGGGGUCUGCUGGAUUGUGUCGGAGCUAGAGGAAGGGGCCGUGAGUCUGAUGGGCCGGCGUGUACAGGAGAGCCGUGCUCCUGGCCGGCAGGCGGUCUGUAAGAAUCGGCGGGCCCUGGAAGGGGCAGUGCCUCCCUGGUCACCAAGUUGCGGCAGAAGCAGAACGGAGUAUGCCGAAGACUUAAAAACAAGUUUACUACAGCGGGGCGGUGGGGAGGGAAGCCGAUCGCAGAGGAUGUGGCCGGGGCCUGGAGGAGCAGGAGGCGGGUGUUGGGGAUGGGGGUCUCUGUGGUCCACAGAGGUGUCCUGAAAUGGGUGGCUCGGGGCGGGGUCGAGGACCAGGAAGGACCGACGAUGUGGAGGGGGCCGUGCGGGCAGCUUGUUAAGAUGGAGCAGGGGGUCCAGAGCUCCAGUCUCCUCGUUCCCACUGACCU